UCUCUCUCUCUCUCUCUCUCUCUCUCUCUCUCUCUCUCUCUCUCUCUCUCUCUCCAGUGUAACUAAAAUAGGUUCCUCCACUCAUGUUCUCUCCUCCUCACAUGUUCAUUGCUAAUUCUAUCUUUCUCUCAACCUUUCCUAUCCUUCUCUCACCUUGCUCGCUCCUCCCAUUGUCCGUUUUCUUUUUCUUUCUUUUUUUCACGUAGACUCGUCCUUUGUGUGAUAAGGUUCGUCUCUCUCCAGAGAAAACCUCCAGAUGUUGCAAGACAAAAGAGCAAACAUACAGUGGAUUAAUAAAAAAAAAAAAUAAUAAUAAUAAUAUUAAUGAAUUAUUAUGAAUAUAUCCUGUAAAUCAGAUACCCAAUCCAGUCACGUCAAACUCCUUAUUCUAAUCUUACCAAAAUUGUAAUGAUUCCGUUACCCCUCAAAAAAUAACUGAAAGUUUCAGGUGUGAAAAAAAAAAACCUUUCAAAUUCUUAUUUAGAAAAGGGGUGAAUGAGAAUGAAUAUCUUAACAAUACCGAGAGAGAUUCCUUCUCGUUCAUGACGACGGUUCAUCCUUCAAAUUCCCAAUCAAAAUACGUCCUGUUUAGACCGUCUCCUUGCUUGACACUCGGUGGUUCGGGAAAUGAGUAUCCAAGGCCCUUGCGAGUAUCCAGGGUCCUUGUGGGUAUCCAAGGCCCUUGCGAGUAUCCAAAGUCCCUGCGAUUGUUCAGGGUCCUGGCGACAAUCCAGGGUCCUUGUGAGUAUCCAGGGUCCAUGAGAGUGUGCAAGGUCCUAGUGAGUACGCAAGGUCUUGGCGACUAUCCAAGGCCCUUGCGAGUAUCCAGGGUCCUUAAGGGUACCCAAGGCCCUUGCGAGUAUCCAGGGUCCUUGCGAGCAUCUCCAUCUCCAAGGGCUUCAAUGUUGCUCCGGAUAUUUACCAUAUUACAUGUUGACACCCAGCUAUUCUGUACAUAAGAUAUAUUUACCUGGUGUGAUGAUGAUGCUGAGAAUAUGUGAGAUUAUCACUUUAUAAAUAAAGUUUAUGUUUAA